AUGGUUUCUAAACUGAGCCAGCUGCAGACGGAGCUCCUGGCCGCCCUGCUCGAGUCAGGCCUGAGCAAAGAGGCGCUGAUCCAGGCGUUGGGUGAGCCGGGGCCCUACCUGCUGACCGGAGAUGGCCCCCUGGACAAGGGGGAGUCCUGCGGCGGUGGCGGUCGAGGGGAGCUGGCCGAGCUGCCCAAUGGGCUGGGGGAGACGAGGGGCUCUGAGGACGAGACGGACGACGACGGGGAAGACUUCACGCCGCCCAUCCUCAAAGAGCUGGAGAACCUCAGCCCCGAGGAGGCAGCCCACCAGAAAGCUGUGGUGGAGACCCUGCUGCAGGAGGACCCGUGGCGCGUGGCCAAGAUGGUCAAGUCCUACCUGCAGCAGCACAACAUCCCGCAGCGGGAGGUGGUCGACACCACUGGCCUCAACCAGUCCCACCUGUCCCAGCACCUCAACAAGGGCACCCCCAUGAAGACGCAGAAGCGAGCCGCCCUGUACACCUGGUACGUCCGCAAGCAGCGAGAGGUGGCCCAGCAAUUCACCCACGCGGGGCAGGGUGGGCUGAUUGAAGAGCCCACGGGCGAUGAGCUACCAACCAAGAAGGGGAGGAGAAACCGUUUCAAAUGGGGCCCAGCAUCCCAGCAGAUCCUGUUCCAGGCCUACGAGAGGCAGAAGAACCCCAGCAAGGAGGAGCGGGAGGCGCUGGUGGAGGAGUGCAACAGGGCGGAGUGCAUCCAGAGGGGGGUGUCCCCAUCGCAGGCGCAGGGGCUGGGCUCCAACCUCGUCACGGAGGUGCGUGUCUACAACUGGUUUGCCAAUCGGCGCAAGGAAGAAGCGUUUCGGCACAAGCUGGCCAUGGACACGUACAGUGGGCCGCCACCGGGGCCAGGCCCGGGCCCUGCGCUGCCUGCCCACAGCUCCCCUGGCCUGCCCCCACCCGCCCUCUCCCCCAGUAAGGUCCACAGCGUGCGCUAUGGACAGCCUGAAACCAGCGAGGGGGCCGAAGUGACCUCAAGCAGUGGCGGUCCUUUGGUGACAGUGUCUGCACCCCUGCAUCAAGUGUCCCCCACCGGCCUGGAGCCCAGUCACAGUCUGCUGAGCACAGAAGCCAAGCUGGUCUCGGCCACUGGGGGCCCCCUGCCCCCUGUCAGCACCCUGACAGCACUGCACAGCUUGGAGCAGACAUCCCCGGGCCUCAACCAGCAGCCCCAGAACCUCAUCAUGGCCUCGCUUCCUGGGGUCAUGGCCAUUGGGCCUGGUGAGCCUGCCUCCCUGGGCCCCACAUUCACCAACACGGGCGCCUCCACCUUGGUCAUUGGCCUGGCCUCCACGCAGGCACAGAGCGUGCCGGUCAUCAACAGCAUGGGCAGCAGCCUGACCACCCUGCAGCCCGUCCAGUUCUCGCAGCCGCUGCACCCCUCCUACCAGCAGCCGCUCAUGCCCUCCGUGCAGAGCCACGUGGCCCAGAGCCCCUUCAUGGCCACCAUGGCCCAGCUGCAGAGCCCCCACGCCCUGUACAGCCACAAGCCCGAGGUGGCCCAGUACACCCACACGGGCCUGCUCCCGCAGACCAUGCUCAUCGCCGACACUGCCAACCUGAGCGCCCUGGCCAGCCUCACACCCACCAAGCAGGUAAGGCCCAGGCCUGCCCCGGCCCCUCCGGGCCCUGCCCCAGCGCACGCCCUGGGGGCUCAGGAGCUGCCCUUCCACCAGGUCUUCACCUCAGAUGCUGAGGCCUCCAGCGAGUCCGGGCUUCACACACCAGUGUCUCAGGCCACCACCAUCCACAUCCCCAGCCAGGACCCUGCCAGCAUCCAGCACCUGCAGCCCACCCAUCGGCUCAGCGCCAGCCCUACUGUGUCCUCUAGCAGCCUGGUGUUGUACCAGAGCUCCGACUCCACCAACGGUCACGGCCACCUGCUGCCAUCCAACCACAGCGUCAUCGAGACCUUCAUCUCCACGCAGAUGGCCUCUUCCUCCCAGUAA